GUUUUGCGUGCCCAGGAGUUGGCGCCAGUUCUACCUUAAAACGACCUGGUAUACCGGAAAUUGCGACUGCUACAUGAUGGCGACAUGAUCUUGCAAUAAGCCCGAAACUGGGCGGGCGGCAUACGAGGCAGGUACAAAAUGCAUCUUGAAUGCUCGUUGAACCGCCAGGACGCGACUUUGCGACCCUUCCACUCUUUCCAUCAUGCUGAAGACUGUGCUCGGCCUCUACUGCCUACUCAGCUGCGCUGGCGCUCAAACCGACAAGGUCAAGGUCAAAUGGCUUGAAGGAACCCCGGACUAUCUUGGCGGUGUUACCUUUGGCGUUCCAUGGCCUCGUGGCCAGCAUCUCGCCAACGCCACUACCUUCACGGCUUCGGAUAAUGCAGACCUGCAGUCGUGGGUUACCGCAUACUGGCCUGAUGGCUCACUGAAGUGGACGGGGCAUGCUCUCGGUGCUACAGACUCACCUGCUGAUGAGUACACUAUCACCGCUUCUGGACCAGGCAACACCACUUUCUCUCGCCUUCGCCGUCAGAGCAGCAACAGCACCAACGGUGUGCAGGUUAGCGACUCCGGAGAUGAGAUUGUUGUCAACACCGGCAAGGUCACCGCCACUUUCCCCAAGUCUGGAAAUGUGUUGGUUUCGUCGAUUGAAUCCGGCGGAAAGGUCGUCGGAAACAAUGGCCGCUUGGUUUUGAGGUCGCAAAGCGGUACUCCAGACGACGAUGAGGAUGGCAAGCCAACCGGCAUCGACUACUUCAGCUUUGCUAGCAAGAUCCAUAACACCACCGUAUCGGACGACAACUCUCAACGUGCUCUCAUCACAGUUCAGGGUAUUCAUGCAGUCGAUGGCGAGGCAUCUCACGCCGACUGGCUUCCCUUUACCGUACGCUUCUACCUCUAUGCAAACUCGGAGGCCAUCCGUAUCAUCCACACAAUCAUUUACGAUGGUGAGGCCAAGAGCGAUUUCAUCUCUGGGUUGGGUGUACGCUUCGACGUACCACUUGCAGAGGAGGAGCAGUACAACCGCCACGUUCGCAUUGCCGGUGUUGACGGGGGACUGUUGCGCGAGGCAGUACAAGGUAUCACUGGUCUUCGUCGGGACCCUGGUGCAGCUGUGAAGUCUGCCCAGUUCAACGGAACUGAGACGCCUGACAAGACCACUUGGGACCAGAGGGUUACAACUCGCCUUCAAUGGAUUCCUACAUGGAGCGACUACAGACUUACUCAGCUUUCUCCAGAUGGCUUCAACCUUAAGAAGCGUACCAAGGCUGGACAGAGUUGGGUCACUAUCCCUGGUGGUACUCGCUCUGGCGGCCUUGCUUACCUUGGUGGUUCUACUGUUGGUGGCCUGGCUCUUGGCCUGCGUGACUUCUGGAAGAAGUACCCCACCAGUCUCGACAUCUCCAAUGCUGCCACCGACACUGGCUCCAUCACCCUGUGGCUUUACAGUCCGCAAGCUGAGCCUCUGGACGUCAGGCCAUACCACGAUGGUCUCGGCCAGGACACAUAUGCCAAGCAGCUAGAUGCUCUCGAGAUCACUUACGAGGAUUAUGAGGGUGGCUACAACACACCCUAUGGAAUCGGUCGCACCAACGAGCUGUUCCUCUAUGCAUUUGCUAGCACUCCUUCAGCCGACCACCUCUCAACUUUGACAAAUAACACCAACGAUCCGCCAGUCUUGGUCCCUGAGCCGACUUACAUCCGCGGCACUAAAGCUAUCGGCAGCUACUGGGACGUUCCGGGCUCGCCAAGGGACUCCGCUCAAGCCCAGACCAUCGAGAACAACAUGAAGUUCCUGAUCGAGUUCUAUGAGGGCCAGGUCGAGCAGCGUCGCUGGUAUGGCUUCUGGGAUCACGGCGACAUCAUUCACACUUACGAUGAUGAUCGUCACCAGUGGCGUUACGAUAUUGGCGGCUAUGCUUGGGACAACUCUGAGCUUUCGCCUGAUCUCUUCUUCUGGGGCCACUUCCUGCGUACCGGUGAUGCUAAAGCCUACCGUCUGGCGCACGACCAGGCACGCCACGGUGGUGAAGUCGACUCUUACCAUCUCGGUAACUUCACUGGUCUCGGUACUAGGCAUGGUGUUCAGCACUGGGCUGAUAGUGCUAAGCAAGCUCGUAUCUCCACACCUGUCUACAGGAAGACAUUCUUCUACAUCUCCGGAGGAGACGAGCGCACUGGCGAUCUCAUCCGCGAGACACAAGAGGCUACGAAGGCUUUCUUCCUUGUUGAUGCUCGCCGCAAGGUUCGCGCUGCCAGUGUUGUCUACAACCCUGACCCUGAGGCUCUUUAUCUCAACUUCGGUACCGACUGGGCUGGUCUUGCGCAAGCCUACCUGAUUGAAUGGGAGCGCCGCGGGCCAAACUGGGAGGAGGCGCGCGACAAGAUCAUCGAGGCCAUCAAGACCUACCCCCAGCUUAAGAACGGGUUUGUUACCGGCGAAGCUCUCUACAACUCCCUCACUGGUGCCUGGUCUCCACCGCCUACAGACCCCACCAAUACGGGUAACAUUACCGUCUCCCACUUGUCCGGCGUCUUCGGCGUCCUUGAGACCAUCGACCAGCUCAUCGAUCACUUCGGCCCCGAAGCCCGCAACACGACUCAGCCGUUCCUCGAUGCUUUUCUCGACUACGCUUACUACUACGGCGCCUCAAAAGCUGAGCAGGUAGCCAGAUAUGGCAAGGACUUUGGCAACCUCAACCUCAAACAGGGCCACUCUCGCUUCACUGCGUACGUCGCACACAAGCGCAACAACGCCACCCUCGUACCCCGUGUCUGGUCCGAGUACCUGGGCGACGGCAGCAAGGAUGGCCUUGCACCCAACGCGCCCUGGAAGACGGUCAGAAUCGAUGGCUCCGCAGCGCUCAUCCCUGUCGAUGAGGCUACGUGGGUCAGCACUAAUGCUGCCGCCUUGUACGGGGUCGCUGGUAUUGAGAACCUGGCUUUGGUGGGAGCGCCCGAUGCUUCGUCGAUUGGGGGUAACUCGACUGCCACGUUGAGGGUUUGAAGCUUUUCUUGAUGGUAUAUACUACAGCUUGAUGACGUUUAGCGCUCUUCUUGUACACGACUCUUAGUAACUUCUUUGUGUGAAUAUUAAUCAUAGAUCAUUAC